AUGAUUGCUAUCAUAGUAGCUAGGAAUUUCCUCACUCCUAUGGAUGAAAUACUGUUAAUAGGAAAGUCUGACGAAGAGGUUAUUGAUGACUCAAUGGCUUUUAGCAUUCAGAGUGCUGCUUCUGUUUCUAACAUGGCUGAUCGUUUGCGUGCCAAGGAAAACGAGAUUCAAGAGCUAAACACUGAAAAUUUGUCUCUUCAAAGAAUGCUUCAUGAGUCUCAACAAGAGAUUGAGAUACAUAAAGAGAAAAAUAAGGCCUUCUUGAAACUGGUGAGUUCAUACUCCAUUGAUACACGGACAAGGCUUGACAUGCUACAGAUUUCCGAUGAAAAUAUUCUGGGAGACCACAAGAGGCUCAUAACUAAGCUUAAGAGGUGCUGUCCUCUUCCUUCAGAGGCUUCCAGAAUAUAA